CAGGUGUGGGAAGCUUCCGCCUUCCCCUCCUCCUCCUGCCCGUAAUUGGCGGCUCCUGAUGUCGGGAUGUCUCUGGCCAGGGUGGGUCACGCUGCCACGCAUCGCUACUCGAGCGAGACAACACAGGCUAUCUUGGGAGAGCAUACUCUGGCUGGAGAAAGAAUGCUCAGGACGCCCAGCUGCCUCCUAAAGCUGACCAGGGUGGUGCUCAGCCACAAGCCCUGGGCCCUGUUUCUCCUCAUCAUUGGGUUUCUAUCCUUUGCCUACGACAAGUUGUACUGGGGCGUCUGGGAGGACCCAAAGAGCAGAGCCCCCACCCACAGCUUGUCUGCUGAGAACAGCUGUGCUCACUAUGUGCCUUCUGCCCUCAACAUUGCUGCUGGGCCCUCUCCUCCCACAGGAAAUGUGUUUUUUGUGGAGACCUCAGAGCAAACUUCCCCAGGUUACCUGUUCUCGUGCUCUGUGGAGUCAGCGGCCAGGACACACCCCAUGUCAAGAGUUGUGGUGCUCAUGAAAGGCUUGGCCAAAGGGAACGCCUCCUUACCCAAGCACUGGGCUUUCUCCUUGCUGAGCUGCUUCCCCAACGUGGAAAUCCGGCCCCUGGACUUGGUCUUCAAGAAAUGGUGCUCCCUCGGGACUAUCAAGAGCAUGAACUGCAAAGGUGUGAGUGCUCUUGCCCAAGAAGUUGUUUAUCCUAUUCCCUGGCAGGACUGGAAGAAGUUGUUUGAGGCAGUCAGUGCCUUGGAGUUUCAGAAAUUCCUUAAGAACACCUAUGCAGUGCACAUUUGGAACAAACUGAGCCACGGGACCAAGUUGGAGAUCCCCUCCCAGGCUCUGCUGGCUCAGCUCUAUGCCCAGUUCUGCCCUGCCACCUAUGCAAAGAUGAAGCAGGACUCUGAAGUGUUGUCCAGGCGUGCAGUGUGAUCUGGGGCCUUUGGCUGCAGGGAUGUUCCCCAGGCUGAAGGAAACUGAGUGCCUACGCCAGAAUUGGAUUUUAGUCCCCAGACCCGGUGUUCUGUGUGACAGGUCUGUGGUUUUCUACCUGAUAUUCCUGAUAUCAGAAUCCUUUGUGUUUCAAAUUUACAGCAGAACCUGGCUUCAGACUCUCUUGCUCUCCUUCAGGGCCAGGGCAAUGUUGAACUCAUUCAUCACAUCUCUCAGCUGGUGCUCUCCUGCUGUUCUCCAAUGGUUCCUCCUGUGAAUCCCAGCCUGAGCAGCCCCUUGUGAUGAUUCAACCACUGUAGGAGCCUCUGUUUUGCUCUCCGUGGCAUUUGAAAUUUUCACAGAAUAUUCUGUGUUUGAAGGGACCCACAGCUAUCCUGGGUCUUACCCCUGGCCCUGCCUGGCAACAGGACACUCCAACAAUCAUGCCCUGAGCAUGCGAGCGUCAUCCUUGGUGCCAUGACUAUUCCCUGGGGAGCCUGUUCAGUGUCCAGCACCCUCUGGGGGAAGAA